UCAAACUCACGCUAAGUUGCUGCUGCAUACUGCUCAAAAUCUCUCUGUGUAUCUGUGCGACGCAGCAAUGGCGGACAAGCCGAGCCGAGCUCUGGUGGUCUACGGCGACGGCCUCGCUCCGUCCGUCGAAGCAUCGCACGCCCAUCUCCAUUCGCUCGCCUCCAAGGCUUGCUGCGGCUUCUUGAGCCUCCCCAAUUCCCCUCCCUCAGAAAGUGAGGAUGACAGAAUCGUCAGAGAAUUCGCCGUUCUUCUGGAUGCAUUCGACGCUUAUGUUCGGAAGGGCAAGGAAAGCGAUUGUGAUACGGGGAGUCAGGGGACAGCAUCGAUCCCAACGGUCUCGGAAAGAUUUAUGGGGAUGAAGGCUGCUAUAGUGACAAGCAAUCCAAGUUCGAGAUCUUUUGGCAACAAGCUUGGUAUCAGUGUUUUCCAAUUCGAGCAACUGAUAGACAAAAAGCACUCUGUUGCUGAUGGACCCAUAGAUGCUGUCUCGUACGGAUUGCUGAAGUUACUUGGAUUCCAAGAGGGGAAGUUGAUGGAUACAGGGUAUUUUGAUAUUGUAUUUGUGCAUAUUGGAGCUGGUGAACCGGUGGAUGGGGAGGCAGAUGAGGAUGUUAACUAUGGCAUAGAGUAUGUGAAUGCUUUGGUUGGUAGUUUAAUGCAUGUUGCUCAACCUAGAUCCGAAAUCAGUUCCCGCCUGCACUUGUCCGUUGUAAUGAGCUAUGGAGAUAUCUCAAAAUUUGAUUGCUCCCAUCUAUCGACCUUGGUGUCUAAGGACAAUGCGGACUCUCGUCUGUUGAGACUGUUCCCUCGUCAGAGUUAUACUAUGAGAGGAGAGAAACCGAGGGAGGAUGUCAGGCACCAUUGCCCCAUGCUAAUUGCUCAAUGGCAGGAUGCUGUAACCCGCAGGGAUGCAGCUGAGACAUUCUCAUUUGAGGACUUUAAGGAGCAUGGUGGCAAUUUGGUAAUACCUGCGGACAGGUUUCUGCACGAGAUCGCAUUUAAGCUUUGGAAGGCUCCUAAAUACGGGGCAUGAACAUAGAUCAUCUGGAAAGUCCAUUUUUAUGGGAUGGACUCCAAAAUCUAGAUGUGCGCCAGAAAACGAGGAUGAAACUCUCCUUUUGGCCUUUUUCUUUCCCUUCCAAUUAGAGUCUUUUUAGUUCUUAACUUCUGCUUCCCAGGUAAUGGAAAUGGGAAAGUUCCCUGCUCGUCAAGAUGUUCUAUUUUCGUUGCCAAAAAAAGAUGUUCUUCAAUGGGACCUGCAACAUUUCUCUUUGCAAACAUGUUGGAUGUUAACUCAAUGGGCACGAUUGGAUUUAGUAGGAGUUUCUGUGCAACAACCCCGGAUGAUUGCGAGUUAUAUCGGCUUAGAAGAAGCGGAAUAAAAGUCCAGGCUGGUAUCUUUGCAUAUUCCUGGGGAAUGUGUUUGUUCAAGUGAAUCAGGUGGUUAAAA